AUGGCGCAGGACGAGAGCUCCGUGGCCCUCGUGGCCCUCGCGCUCCAGAUCGAGGAGCCGCAGCUCACCGAGAAGAUGGCGGACUACCUAAGCAGCGCCGAGGGCCUCGCGGCGCUCUGCGCCUUCAUCACGCUCGACGGCGCGACGAUCGAGCUGCCGAGCUCCGAGGCCGACGCGCCCGCCGACGACGCGUCCGACGGCGACGCGGCGCCGCCGGACCUCGCGCUGGUCCGGAGCUUCCGCGCGGCGCGGCUUUUGGCGGGCGGCGACGACGGCCGCGAGAGCCUGCUGCCGCGCGUCGAGCGGCACGCGGCGCUCGUCGCCCGCGCGCUCUUCGGCGUCUUCGCCGCGGACGCGCGGGGCUGCGCGCGCCACGCCGUCUACGUGCUGGACCGCCUCUUCCGCGUCUACCCCGACGGCGUCUACGACGGUUUGUUGGGCGAAGAAGCCGACGGCCCGCCGAAGGCCCUGGUGAACAUGGUCGACUACCUGGGCCACGCGUCCGUGGCGCGCUUCUUCGUCGAGCUCGUGGCGGGGAACCGGCCGGGGGCCGAGGACGACGACGCGUUCGCGGCGCCCCGGGAGCAGCCGUCGGCGCAAACGCGGUGGCGCUUCGUGAGCGCGCUGAGCUCCCUGCGCUUACUCGCCCUCCUGGCGGCGCGCGCCGCCGAGGACGGCGAGCCGACGACGCCCCUGCCCGAGGCGCGGCACGCGGGCUCCGCGCCGCGCUUCGGCGGCGACGGCGCGGCGCCGCGGCUCUUCGGCGAGGUGCUCGACGUCGUCGUCGACGACGACGCGGGCGAGGUCCUGCUGCAGGCCCUGGCCCACUGCGGCGUCGAGGCCAAACUCGCCGCCGUCGUCGCCGACCGGUCCGCGACCUACGCGCGGCGGCUGGACUGCGCGUCGGCGCUCGCGCUGGCGUGCGCCGCGGGCCGCGACCGCGCCGCGGAGGCGUCGGGCGAGCUCGUGUCGUCGGCGCCGCUGACGGGGAGCGACGGCGACGGCGUGGGCGACUCGCCGCGGCCCAUCCCGCGCGGCGACGCGUCCGACAGCGACGACGACGCGGCGAUCCCCGUCGCGCUGGACGACGCGGGCGACGACGACGCGGAGCUGCUCGAGGCCUCGGGCGUCGAGCUCGCGCUCGACGAGCCGACGUCGCCGCCGCCGCCGAGCGCCGAGCAGCGCCGGGCGUCGCGGUCCGCGCCGACGCGGCGCGCGUUCCACGCGCGGCUCCUGGCGUCGGGGGCUUUGGACGCCGCGUGCGCCGCGGCGCUCGACGUCAACGAGGCCCACGCCAUCGAGCUCGCCGUCAAGCACCCGGGCCGCCAGGCCGGCCCGCCCUUCACGCUCCUGCGGCUGCGGCUGCUGGAGAUCGCGCGGUCGUGCUUCCGGGAAAGCGGCGCGCCGGCCGUCGACGCGGCGCCGGAGCGGUUCUGGGCCGCGCUCUGCGGCUGGUUCUUCGACGCCUUCCCGGAGAACGCCCAGUUCCACCGCCUCUUCUUCGCCCUCGUGUCCACCGCGCUCCGGUGCCGCGGCGCGGCGAAAGCGCACGAGCGGCUCCUCGCGACGUGCGACCUGCCGGGGCGGCUCGCGGCCGCGCUGGAGCGGCGCGGGAGCCGCUUCCCCCACGUCCUCGGCCUCUGCGACGUGCUCCGGCUCCACGCGGCGACGCUGCCGCCGUCCGCGUACGCGCGCGCGUUCCUCGGGAGCCACGGCGCCUGGAGCGCGUCCGAGGCCGCGCGGCUCGAUUUCGCGCGCGAGGCCAACGCGACCCGCCCGCGGGGGCCGCCGGACAUCGACGCCGACGCCGCGCUGCUGGCGGACCUCAACCUCACGCUCGAGAACCCGCUCGUCGUCGACGAGCGCGAGGCCGACGCCGCGGGCGAGGACGUCGACCUCCGCGUGGACCUGGGGAGCCCCUACGCGGCGCUCCUCGGCUUCGAGGACGAGGCGCCCUGGAGUUCGUAA